ACCGUAUAAACAAUUCUGGCAUCACUUUGUCUGAUGAGAAUAGUAGAAGCACUGACCAGCCUAAUUCAUCAUCUAGCAAUAUACGGACACCAAAAAUAGCUACUAGUAAUAUAAAUAAUAGUCAAAAUCAGUUCAAUAUGAAACAUCCAGAAUUUCCUAAUUUUGAUAAUGGUAACAAAAAAUAUUACCAAUACGUUUCAUCUCAAAAGCAACCUUACAACCUGAGAACUUCACAUAGUCGUCCUCAAAUGCUAGGUAGAGAUAACAAUACAAAGCAUCAUUCUUCCUCUAUAAUGCAUCAUCACGCUGAUGCUAGCUAUAGAGUACCUCUUUCUUUUUUACCACCACCACCACCACCACCACCUCCUCCUCCUCCAAUCAAUUUAAAUACCCAAGAUAAUAUAAAGAUGAGACAACAUUCGGCACUGCCUCCUACUUCAUAUAGACUUGAGAAUUUUAUUCCAUUAUCAGGGAAUGACUACUUAUCUUACAUGCCACUACCACCUCAUCCAACUCAGCUGACAAAAACACUAUCAACAGAAGAUCCACAAAGACUAUGGAAAGGUUAUAUGGAAGGACCUCCACUACCGUGGGAGCAUCAAAUGAAUAUUCAUGAUAUGUACACAUCUCCAAACGUCAUUAACCAGAUGAACAUGUUCCCAUAUAAUGAUUUAUUAGAUCAACAGGAAGAAAGACACUCUCCAAAUAUGAACUUAAGAAAUAGGACAUCUGCUACAUCUAAUGUUGGCCCUUAUCAUUACAGUCAUUAAUAUUAAUUACCUGAAAUAAUCCUCGAAAUGAGACCCAAAUUAUAGUCUAUAGGUUUUCUCAUGGUUACUAAUAUAUGCUUAACCAGUUAUUUUGAAUAAUUAAUAUUAUAUGUCAUAAUAAAGUCAACUAU